AUGAAGUUCCUCUCCUCCUUCCUGGCCUCUGUGGCGCUUAUUUCUUCAGUCGCCUCGGCCAUCUCCGUUACGUCGACUAACUCUUACAACAUCAGUAACGAUGUCGAAGGCUCGGUAAGGCUGAACGGUCUAUCCUUCCAACAAAACGCGUUGACGACAUUUGGCAACUAUCAAUAUGUUGCGUUCUACGCGACAGCCACCGGCUAUGGCAAGCACUAUGUGAACCUUGGCCGUCGGCAGAUUUCACCUUCAAUCGGAGCAUGGCAAUACUUCGCCUUCACCGACUACCUCCAGCAGACGCUUGACGAGCACAACACCAUCUCCAUGGGAAUUAGUGGAGACGGCAAGAUUCACCUUUCCUUCGACCACCACGACGUGCCCAUCAACUACCGCGUAAGCAACACGGGCAUCGCCAAAACCAUCCCCUCCGAAUGGACUGCAUCAGCCUUCGGCGCUGUGCAGCACUCCCUCCCCGGCAGCACUGGUCCGUGGACACCCCUCACAUACCCGCGCUUCGAGCGCAUCGACAACGGCGACCUGUUGAUGGAAUUCCGCAUCGGCGUAUCUGGGGCGGGCGACUCCUGGAUCCACCGGUACUCGUCCACCUCCGGACUCUGGUCCAACGUGGGCAAGUAUCUGCAAGGGCAGGACAACAACGCAUACAUCAACGGCUUCACCAACGCGCUGAACAAACUCUACGUUUCCUGGACCGUCCGCGAGACGCCCGAUGCCAGCACAAACCACGACUUCUACUUCGCCCUCUCCGAAGACGCAGGCCGCACGUGGAAGCAGACCAACGGCCAGACCGUCGCGGUGCCCAUCACGCCCUCCACGGCGGGCAUCAAGAUCUACAGCAUCCCUCAGAACAGCCAGAUCAUCAACCAGGAAGCGCAGUGCGCAGACGACAAGGGCAGGUUCCACGCCCUCAUGCGCGACAACAGCACAGGCACCAGCACCUUCUACCACUACCUGCGCACCGCCGACGGAAAUUUCAGCAAGACGGCUAUCAAAGUGUCGGGCCUUUCGACACCGCCCUACCUCGCGUACCGCGGCAAGAUCGUCGCCGCGGGCGAUAGCGUCAUUGCCGUCUUGCCCGAUGCGCCGAAGAGCACGGUGCAGCUCUGGGGUGCGACGGCGGCGGGUGGCUGGACGGACUGGAAGAAGCUGGGCGAGAUUACGAACAUGGCCGGUGAGCCGCUGGUAGACGAGGAGCGGCUGAAGAAGUUCAAUGUUCUCAGUCUGUUUGUGAGGCAGGGAGGGCCGUUUGGGACGAGGAAGGUGCAGGUUUGGGAUUUUGGGCUCAGCUUGUAG